AUGGUCUGGCUUCCUGUAGCAGCAGAGCAUCGUCUUUGGCGCCCUCUACGAUACCGUUCCCGCCAAAAAUGCCGUGCCGAGAGCCGAUCAUUCCUAAACGGUGUCGAGGACCCCAUCGGGACGAUCAUAGACCAGCUUAAGGAAGUACACAAAGUCAAAAACACAUUUGAUCUCGGCAACGGAAUUGUCUUCGAGAACCACCCGGAUGCGAUCAGCGACACGGCUGAGGAUGUCGUUGACCGCAACAUCCCAUCGACACCCCAUCCACAUAGCAUAGUAGCGAAGUCGACCUCAAACAGCGACGAGCCGAUUAGUACAGGUUUCUGCAACAUCUAA